AUGUCUCACGGCGCGGAUAUUCAUUCUACUGGUCGCGGUGGUAAGUUCGCCUCCCACUCCCAGUCCAAUGGAAGCAGCACGCCUGAGAAGACCGAGGACAUUGAAAGCUUCGUCGCAUCUUCGUGCCCUUUGGAGUCGAUCGACCGAUCGAUCAAUUCCACUCUUCCACUGACGAACACGCUUGCGAACAGGCGCCGGCAACAUCGGCAAAGACGACAAUGUCUACGUCGACGGCGACAUCGUCCGCGAAGGCCACCCAGGCGAAUCCUCAGCACCAGAAUACUCCGCCGGACGCGGCGGAGUCGGCAACAUGAUCCACGCCGACCAAACGGGAGCUCCCAGCGAAGAAGUCGUCCCCGAAUCAGCUACGCGUGUCCCGGGGAAGGAAUAUGAGAAUUUCCACACGGGUCGCGGUGGCGAGGGGAAUGUACACCGGGAGAAGCAUGGUGGGCAUUCGUCGCCGCAGAAAGAGCAUGCUGGGGUGCAGGGACUCGUGGAGAAGGCGAAGCAUGCUGUGGGGUUGGAUAAGAAGGAGAAGACGCCUACGCCGGAGCCGGAGGCGAGGCACUAA